GUUUUAUUUUAUCCCAAAAUGCCCUCCUCCACAAAAAUAGAAGGGCAGUAUCGUCAUUUCGGUUCAUGCCAUGCCAUGGCAAUAGCUUCACGGUUCACGAGUCUGUAGUCUCCUUUGUGGGUUUUAUAACGAAGGCGGAAAGGCAGAGUCUUUGAGCAGAACGGCUCCUCUACAGGAAUCUGAUAAACCUUUCUCUCUCUCUCUCUCCCUCUCUCUCUCUCUCUCUUUCUUCUCGGAAUCUAGAGAGGGAAAGUGGACAUGGCGUCGAAGUUGCCGGACGAUUUCAGAUGCCCGAUCUCUCUGGAGAUUAUGUCGGACCCGGUUAUUCUCCAGUCAGGCCAUACCUUCGACCGGGUCUCAAUCCAACGGUGGCUUGAUUCCGGCAACCGGACUUGUCCCAUCAGCAAGAUUCCAUUGCCGGAGAACCCUUCUCUGAUUCCGAACCACGCUCUCCGGAGCUUAAUUUCAAACUAUGCCCUCGUCUCUCCUCAGAAAUCAUGUCUUGGGACCGACGAUGAGCAGCCCGUGGCUUUGAUCUCUGCCCUGGUCUCCCGAUCGUCGUCUCCUGAGCUGAAGCUCGGCUCCCUUAUUCGCCUUGUCCGGGUCACGAAGCGCGAUUCUUCUCUGCGCCGGAGGGUCACUGAGUCAGGCGCUGUGCCGGCGGUUCUGGACUGUGUCGACUCGGGUAAUCUCUGUUUGCAGGAAAAGGCGCUCUCUUUGCUUCUGAACCUCAGUCUCGAAGACGACAACAAAGUGGGUUUGGUCGCCGAUGGAGUGGUGAGGCGGAUCGUGCGCCUCUUACGGAUCGGGUCGUCCGAUUGCAGAGCGGUUGCAGCUACUCUGCUGACGAGUUUGGCGGUCGUGGAAGUGAACAAAGCCACAAUCGGCUCGUACCCAGAUGCAAUUCCGGCUCUUGUUUCUCUUCUUCGGAAUGGAAAUAACCGAGAAAGAAAAGAAGCAGCGACGGCUCUGUACGCUCUCUGUUCGUUUCCUGAUAACCGGAAACGUGUUGUGGAUUGUGGGUCGGUACCGAUUUUGGUUCAGGCGGUGGAUUCUGGUCUCGAGAGGGCGGUGGAAGUGUUGGGACUUCUGGUUAAGUGCAGAGGAGGAAGAGAUGAGAUGAUCAAAGUAAGUGGGUGUGUUAAGGUUCUGGUUAACGUGUUGGGCAAAGGAAGUGCCAAGGGAAUUCAAUACGCCCUUUUUAUCCUGAAUUGCUUGUGUUGUUGUAGCCGAGAAAUUCUAGACGAAGUAGGGAGAGAAGGGGUUAUUGAGAUAUGCUUGAAUCUAAUGGAGGAUGAGGGUGAGAAAAUCAGGAGGAAUGCUGCUAAUUUGGUUCGGACUUUGCAUGGAAAUUCGAUGCUUGCUUGAUUGGGAAUGUUGGGUUUGGGGUUACCGCGAAAGAGGAAGCGAAAAAGAUCAUUUUUUUCCGGUGGUGGUUCCGUGAUUAUAGUUCUCUGGUUUGGAUGGUCUGGCUAUGGAGUGCCACCUUCUGGAGAAUUGUGUGAUGAGGCUGUGUUGCUUGUUGAUGGGAUUGUGCUCGAAUCAUUUGUCACUCAGAACUGAUACUCUUCGGUAUAUACUCACCAUGGAAAUGGAAUGGAGAAAGUUUUGGUCUUUCAAUUCCACCGAAGAAGUUCUGUACUAGAUGAUAGAUCCCACAGCAGAAGAAGACAGAACUCCCACCAUGGAAGACGGCUGGUUUCAGUGAUGAAGGGCACUUCACAAGGCAUUUCCUUUAGCUGCUUCAGGUGAAUGAAUACCCUUUUAUCCAUUGAUUCGAACCAGUUGAUUGAUCGUUAUUACGAGUGUUCUUAGGUGGAAUAUUCCUUGUAGUUGGUUAUUUCUUAGGUCGGUCUAAGUUUGAUUAACCUUUCGUUUUCUUGAUGAAAUAAGUAAAUUAUAAACCCGAUCCACAGAGAGUUAGGGGCUGCAUUUGACUUUACUUUAGUUGUCCGUUGUGAUCUCUCGUGGGGACAGUAACAUAACGGUGUUAAGGGGGACAGAACCGAUUCCCUUUCCGGGCAUGUUUUUUUCUUCAUUAUGUCUAAUUGGGACAAAAGUUAAUGCCAUUUUUGUGGAUCGCAAGCUAAUAAUAAACAAGAUGUCACCUUUUCA